CACCAAUCAGGGCUCUAUUGUUUUAAGCCACCAAGUUUAUGGUAAUGUAUUAUAGCAGCCACAAGAAAUGAAUAUAAAUGGGAAAACCAAGAAUUCCAAAAAGAAGUGACUGGACCCCAGGCCUGUCACAGGCCCUCGGUUGCUGCCCGUAUCCUUGUGACUCAGGUCACCUGGGCCUAGAAUGCACAGGCUCUCUUCCUACCCAGAGAAGGCUCUUCACUGCCUUGCUGACCACCAAGGUGGGCCCUGCAGUCCCCACCCAUUCCUGACACCCACGCCCUGCAGCUCCCAAUGCUACAUCGCACAUGUACAUCAUAGGGCCCCAGCUUCUAGCCACGUUGCCUGCAGCCCUCACGGCUGAGGGAUUAAGGAGCAGGGACUACUGGUAAGAGGCCUGGUGUGCUCCUGGGCCACAGAGCAGCCACCAUGGGCUCCACUUGCAGCCUGCGGCGUGGGGUAUCUGGCCUUGACGACUGGCUCCAAGGUCAUCUCAAGUCCUGCCAACCGGGGUAGCAGUCCUGCCCCCCAGAGCACACCUGCUCCCCAUCGCUGGGAGAGCAGCACAUGUGAAGGACACGCGCACCUUUGGACUUUUAUUAGACUUUCUAAAACUAAGAGCAAAUACCACUAGGUGCUUUUUAUAGCACCAAGAAACUGUGCCUGUUAAAAUAAACACAUGCCAGCCAUUUACCUGAGUGGGAAAGCCACACAGGCAGUGCCACUGUUCUGUGUCCUUGAGGUGAUGCCCCUGGAAAGGUCGCGGCUGCCUGGACCUUUAAAGCCCCGGGAGGAGCGAGCACUCCCGGCGUGGGGUUCAGCAGUGCAGCAGCUCGCACGCCUGUCAGCGUCGCGUCUCAGGAGACUCACCUUUGUAAGUUAUAUUUCUUAAAGCACCAAAAGGAGAAAAUUGGUAUCAAAGAAUAUCAACUCCUGGUUCUCAGGAGAAUUCUCAUCAUCUUUGGUGGAAGUCACCUCGCAGGAUGCAGGGUGUCAGGCUGACGGGGGUGCUGCUCACCCUCGCUGGCGUGCUGCACACAGCCCUGCCCCUGAGAGUAGCCGCCUUCAACAUCCAGUCUUUCGGGGAGACCAAGAUGUCCAAUGCCACCCUGUCCAGCUACAUCGUGCAGAUCCUGAGCCGCUAUGACAUCGUCCUGGUCCAGGAGGUCAGAGACCUACACCUGACAGCCGUGGGGAAGCUGCUGGACAGACUCAAUCAAGACAACCCUAACACCUACCACUACGUAGUCAGUGAGCCACUGGGCCGCAACAGCUAUAAGGAGCGCUACCUCUUCUUGUUCAGACCUGACCAGGUGACGGUGCUGGACUCCUACCAGUACGACGAUGGCUGUGAGCCCUGCGGGAACGACACCUUCAGCCGAGAGCCAACAGUUGUCAAGUUCUCCUCCCCACUCACCGAGGUCAAGGAGUUUGCCAUCAUCCCCCUGCAUGCGGCCCCACUGGAUGCAGUGGCCGAGAUCAACUCUCUCUACGAUGUCUACCUGGAUGUCCGCCAGAAGUGGGACAUGGAGGAUGUCAUGUUGAUGGGUGAUUUCAACGCGGGCUGCAGCUACGUGACCCCUUCGCACUGGGCAUCCAUCCGCCUGCGCACAAUCCCUACCUUCCAAUGGCUGAUUCCCGACACUGCUGACACCACGGUCACGCCCACGCACUGUGCCUAUGACAGGAUUGUGGUCGCUGGAACUCUGCUCCAACAUGCCGUUGUGCCCUCCUCAGCUGCUCCUUUUGACUUCCAAGCUGCAUAUGGACUCAGCAACCAGACUGCCCAAGCCAUCAGCGACCAUUACCCAGUGGAGGUGACACUGAAGAGGGCCUGACGAGAGCAGGUCCGGGGCCCUGGCGGGAGCCCCCCAGCUUCUGUGGCCACGCCUGGGCCUGCACCGCACACUGAAGAUGCCGGAUGAUCCCGCUGUCCUGGUCAGGUUCUGGGGACACAGUUCAGGGACCCAGGGCGAGCUCACUGAGCACAGGGCCAGCGCCCCUCCCUCCCCUCCUCUUCCCUCCCCACUGUCCCCCUGACCACUACACCAGCUUGAGGAAGGGGGCAGAAAGUAGGCUUUUUCUCACUGUACCUGCUUCUGUCAUAAGCAUAGGGUUGUUGUCAACAGAGUGACGUACUGACAGUAAGCACAUAAAGUCUAAUGCUUAGAUUAAGAAAUACUUUUUAAGUAAAUAAAGCUCAAAAGAGGG